AUGAUGAGUGGAUUAGAUAAGAAUGCUUGUUAAUAAAUGAAUAAAAAUAAUGUAUUUAAUUAAUUUAAAAGAAUAAUAUUAGAUUGCAGUUAAUUUGCGAAGUUGGUGUAUUAAGCGAAGAAAAUUAAUCGUUUUUAAUACAAUAAAAUAAUAUAAAUCUUUGUUAAAUGAGCACUAGCUAACAAGAAUUAUUCGAUUAUAUGAGUGAAACCUUAUAAACAACUGAGAAGGGAUUAUUAGAAAUGCAAAAAUCAAAUCCAUAAAGUAAGAUAAGUCAUUUAAAUUAUUUUAAGAUUUCUAAAAGCUUGUUGAAAAGAUGAAGCGAACAAUGAGAAGAGAGAAAGCAAAAUAAAGAAAGCAGAAAGAUGAAUCUGAAAUGGUGUUAUGCAGUAAGAAAAUAAAGAGAAAGAAGGAAGAAGAGGAUCCAUUAAGAGAGAAUGAUAAGAAAACAAUAUAGAUGAUACGCAAUAGGAUAAGCGCUUAAAAUUCAAGAGAUAGAAAAAAACAAUAGUUACAUUAAUUAGAGUUUCAAGCUCAAAAAGAAUUAGACUAUAAUUGUGAAUUGAAAAAAUAAUUGGAAGAACUUCAAGAGAAACAUAAUAAACUAACAAAUAAGAGUUAAAAAAUAAGAAAUUAAUUAUCAAUUUUGUAGCAAUUAGGUCGUGGAUCUAGAUUAGGUAAAAUAAGUCUUGCACUUUUGACUCUUGUGUCAGUUUUUUCUGUAAUGUCUUAAAAAGAAGCAAAUUAAACAAUAACAACUCCUCUAGUGAAAAUAGAAGAGAUGUCAAGUGAAAGUGGAAUGAGACCAAUAAAUUAUGAGAAAUCAUAUUCAAUAAUUGAUACAAAUACAUUUUUCGAGGAAGAUAAAUUAGGAGUAGGAAUAUCAGAGGAAUCAGAAAAUAAUUACAAUUAAUUAUUGCCUAUACCUCUUUAUCGGUUGAAUUCUUAGAUAGAAUAUGAAUUAGGGCAGCAUAGUUGAAUAUUUGAUUGAUUUGAUGUAUAUUUAUUUCUAUCUUGUUCGAGU